UGAUAGCGUGACGUCAUACUUUGGGAGCCAUUUUCCGGAAAAUGUCAAUAACUUGUCGAGAGUGUGCUGCUUCUACUUCAAGGAAGCUCUUUACAUAAACUUUCUUGUCAUCGUGAUUCUCUUCUAACCACAUGCUGAGAGUGUAAAUUAUUUCAUAUUAUAUCUGAUAACAUCAAAUUGGUGAUAUGGCAGGUGUAAGUGGGGGAGGCAGGGGUUAUAACUUCAAAGUUGUCCUUCUGGGAGAGGGAUGUGUCGGGAAAACCUCGCUUGUACUGAGAUAUGUGGAAAACAAAUUCAAUGAUAAGCACAUCACAACAUUACAGGCAUCAUUUCUUAACAAGAAGCUCAACAUUGGUGGAAAAAGAGUAAACCUAUCAAUAUGGGACACUGCUGGUCAGGAGAGAUUUCAUGCACUGGGACCCAUCUACUACAGAGAUAGUAAUGGAGCUAUCCUUGUCUAUGACAUCACAGAUGAAGAUUCCUUCCAGAAGGUUAAGAACUGGGUGAAGGAACUGCGCCGAAUGCUUGGAAAUGAUGUAUCCCUGUGUAUAGCUGGCAACAAAACAGACUUGGAGAAGGAGAGGCAUGUUCCUGUUGCUGAUGCUGAGGCAUAUGCAGCAUCAGUGGGUGCUAGACACUUUCACACAUCAGCGAAACUCAAUAAGGGUAUUGAAGAGAUGUUCUUGGAUUUAAGUAAAGGUAUGAUUGAGAAAUCGGGCACUGACACAUUAGGUCGAAGCAAGACGGGGACAAACACACGGAAGAGUGUUGUUGUGGUAGACGAUGAACAGACAGAGCAGAAAUCAGGCAGUGGAUGCUGUUGAUGUGAAACUGUUCACACCCUUGGCAUCACACCCAGCAACAGCAUGCUCAUUGGACGAGGCUGUGCUUGGCAUCCAAUCAUUACUGGUUGUUCAUUUGAUCUUGGUCUAAACCUUCACCUUCAUGUUUGACUGCUUUGUGUAGAUGUUCAAUCUUUUUGAUUAACAUAAAUCAUACAUUUUUAAUUUAACAACUUAUUUCCCCUUUGGCUUUGUAUAUUUGCCUAUGCUUUGGCAUUUACUUUAAUCUACAAAUUUUUAAUAUUAGAAAGUUGAUGGACAAAUAUGUAAUAUUUGCUCACGCUAUAAGAACAUUUUGAACAAUGAUCAGUGCAGUCAUAGCCAAAGCAGUCUUCCCUAGAAAUGAGUGCUGAAUGUAACCAAAUACCUUCCUCGUAAUGUCCCCAAUCCCUUUCCUACAUAUAAUGUACAUAGUUGAGUGUAAUAUAUAUUUAUGCAUGUGUGUGUGCUGGCAACCACGGGAUGUAGUGAGCAUGAGAAUACAGUGCCUCUUGGGUACACUGAUAGUGAUUGGUAGACAUUGACUUGAAGGGGCUAGUCUAUUAUGUGGCUAGUCAUUCCAGCAAUGUUGGCAGGAUUGUCAACCUCCUGUGGAGCAGAUCACUCACCAUGUAAUGAGUAGCCAAGGAAUGUGAAGUAGAAUGCUUUGUAAAUAGUCUGUGUGCUAGAGACAUGUCAGGUGCUUUGAGUUAAGGUGUACCCGGUUCAUCUGUUCUUGGAUGAUGCUGGUCCGGUAGGAUACAUGUCCAUAUACAAUUUUGCAGGUCUUUACUCAUCAGUUGAACAUGCCUCAAGUGUAGUUGUGUUCACAAAGCACAGCGUUGUUAUGAAAUAUCACUGUUUCCUGCCCUGGUCACAUAAGGUUUUUUAUUCCAAUAGAAGUUGUCUCACUUACAUGUUGGUCUAAUAAUAGCAGUUGUGUGUUUGUGAUUAAACCACACAUUUUCUUGUAUCCAGUUUCUUAUGUAGUAGAUACAACCAUUUUAUGGUUUCUUAUUUUAUUCUUUAAAUUUACGACAUUAAUUAUGCCUCCCUCUCUCUGAGGUAUGUAGUACACAUUUGUAAUCCAGCAAGUUGCUGUCAGGAGCUUUAACUGAUGUAAGAAAAUAAACAAAAGUAUAUGAGUAAGACUGGACCAAUACUGUUACAGAAUUUAGUAGGGUUGUAUUGAACAUUAUAGGUUUGGAGUCAAAUGUUGCAUCAACUGUCUAAAACUGUUGUCAACUGCUUUGCCGCGGACACUAUUGUUCAUAUCGGUUUUACAUCACACUAUUUGUGUGAAUAUUUAGACUUGUAUAUUCAUUGUAAUAAUUUAUCUGUAUAUAACCAGGAGAAUGGAGCUGUAACCAUGAUAACAGUCCAUAUGAUGUGUACAAUUCUCGUCUUACCCCCUGAUUAAGGUUAAUUCUAGUUACACAGUAACAAAUACAUGUGUACACAGUAAUGAAAAUUCAUGUUCAGCUUUUUACUAAUCAUGUAAAGUUGUGGUUUUUGAAAAGGAAUCUCCUUUUAUCUUGACAAGACAACAGACUCACACUCCAUGUCAUUUGAAAAUUGUGUUCAGAUAACAUCAAAGGUUUGAAGUUUUAGCAGUUGGUCAGAGAAAACACUUCCACUUUGCUGUAAAUAAUCCUGUUGUUUAGUUUCUGGUGUUAUGACUACAUAUGAAGGUGAUAUGUAAUCAAAUUGUUACUUCUGCAUUUUCCAAUAUUGUGAAUGUGAUGCCUACAUUUGUAGUAGUUCUAGAUUUAUUUAAUAUGGCUCAAUGUUACGUAGGAAUUCAAAUGUGUUGUUAAUAAAACGUUUUCAUGUGCUCAUCAAAAUCAUGAUUCCCAGAUCUUCGUUCAGUUUAUCUUUGAAGACAGAUGAUCCAAAAAUUCUUGCAGGUGUCUAGUAGCUGAUGAAUUGUGUUCAUUUGUCAAAAUCAAAAGCUAAGAUCACUCAUUUAUGUGUUUGUUAUUAUGAGCACAGUGUGGGCCGGGAUAUUGUGGCAAAGUCAGUACUCUUGAAGUGUAUUUCUGUCGGCCACAGUUAAGAUGGUAGCUCGAUGCAGCCCAAGUUGUUCACAUAGACCAGGAUCUCCCUGCACAUGCCGUAGUCAGGCUGAGUGGACAGGGGUGGAAGUUAUAGUGCUGUGUCAGUAUGGUACUACAGUAUCAUUUAAUGAUACAAGUCAACAUAUGUUGGAGACAUCUAUGUAGAAAUUAUUCUUUCAUCGUGUAAGAAAUGCAGGAACAUGAAUUGCAGGUCAGUUUGCCUCGCACUGAGAGACCAGUAAAAUAACUAACAGUCUGCAUUUCUGGUUAAAAUACAAUAUGCUUGUCUAAUGACUGUAUUGCUCUGUUGUAAGUAAUGAUGUUUGUCCAGACAGUAGACGAUGUAUGUAUCUCUUGCCCACCGUAAUGUCUCACCUCUCACUGAACUGUCUUGUCACUAAUCAAGUUAAGACUCUUAGAGGUAUAACAUUGGCAGUGGUUGAUUCAGAACAAAGCCAUGUGCUUUCAUACUGUAUUUAUUAUGUAUGUAUAGAUUCAGUAGCCAUGUACAGCCAGGUCUUUUACUCCUAAUCAGAUAUUGUGCAUUUCUGUACUAAUAUCAAAAUCAUCGGAAAAUGUUGUAACUAUUAAAUAGUUAAAUGAAAAAAGCCAAGUUCCUAAAGCAGGACACUGUGGAAGAUGUUUGUUUGUCUUUAAAGUAUUACAUUUUGGAACAGAGUCCCUCAAGACAUGUAAAUGUGUCCAGUGUGUGGACAUGUGGCUGGAUUAUGUGAAAGAAGAUGAAGGUUAUGUCACAGACAGUGUAUAUUUGUAAACCUUGUGAUCAUGUCAUCAAUAAAUGAUUCAACAUA